AUGGCGUACGAUAACUAUUUCGAGUGCAAGGAGGAUGCCCUGGGAAAGAUUGGCUUCUCCUCUUAUCAGAAAUGCACUGCAGCUAUUCAGAUGCUUGCUUAUGGAGUGCCCAGAGAUCUCAUUGAUGAGUAUGUCCGAAUGAGCGAGUCCACGUGCCUAGACUCCAUCUGUAAGUUAUGCAAGGCUGUGGUACCAGUGUUUGGCCUGGAGUACUUGAGAGAGCCAACCGAUGUAGAUAUAGCCCGACUAUUGACGAUCAAUGUGAGUAGGGGCUUUUCGGGGAUGCUUGGUAGCAUAGAUUGUAUGCACUGGCAGUGGAAGAACCACCCUUCUGCUUGGCAGUGGCAGUAUAGGGGCCAUAUCAAAACUUGCACUGUCAUACUCGAGGCCACGACUUCACCAGAUCUCUGGAUUUGGCACUCUUUCUUCGGCAUGGCUAGAUCUAACAAUGACAUCAACGUGCUUCAGUGCUCUCCGUUGUUUGCAAGGCUUGUAGAGGGCAAGUGCCCGGAGGUCAAUGUUGAGAUCAAUGGCCACCACUACAACAACGGAUACUACCUAGGUGACGGUUUCUAUCCUCGGUUGAGUACUCUUGUGAAAACAAUCCCCAGCCCUAUACGAGAGAAGAGAAAGAGAUUUAACCAAGAACAAGAGAGUGCUAGGAAGGAUGUGGAGUGUGCCUUUGGUGUUCUUCAAUCUCGAUGGGGCAUCAUUCGGUACACCAUGGUCAUGAUCCUCUUCUCCCUGCCACUGAGCGCUUCCCAAGACCGUCUCGUCCCCAGCAAUGUGUUGUACGCUGGUAACACGAUCGUCUCCGAUGAUGGUGGAUUCGUCUUGGGCUUCUUCAAUCCCUCCAACUCCACUCCGGCCAUCCUGUACCUAGGCAUAUGGUAUAACGACAUUCCUGAGCUCAGUGCUGGAUUAAAAAGAUCGAUGAUGAAAAACAAGCGCCGGCUGGUGAGAGGCGAUGAAGAGCAACGCCCUUACAAAAGGGUAGCUAGGCCAACGAGAUUGGACAGCUCGAGUGGAUCCAGUCCAGGCGCCCUGAGUGAACUUAGUGAGCAAGUAGUUUCAAGAUUGCGCAGGAGUGUCGUGUCGCUUGCUUCGUUCGAUGGUGAUACCAAGUUACGUGAAUGCACAGGCAUAUGCAUUGAAACCUCAUGUUCUGAUUCUGAAGCUACAAUCCUGACAUCGAGACGGUUGAUUCCACCUACUCGCCCAGCUGCAAGUUUGAAUAUAAAAGUACGCCUUCCGAAUGAUCGGAUUGUCACUGGGUGGAUAGAGGAUCCUAAGAUAUAUGUUGAUUUUUUCAUUGUCAACAUCAAGAAUGUGUCUGGUAUUGAUGCCGCAAGUCUCGACUGUGACAUGCAGUCUGAGCCACAUACGAAGGUAGCAGCUGUAUGCCGCUGUUUCAGUUCAGGAUUUUCAACAGCCACAAGUGGACUAAAUCUCGCCUCUCCAACCAAUGAGACAAUCGUAAGCACGUGCCGGAUCCACAAGGCGGGGAUUGGAGGCCCUCUUGUUGAUUUUGAUGGCAACUUUGUCGGGAUGAACUCCUCUCGUACCAAAAUGGAGAAGACUGCUUACGUGCGAAGGGAGGGAAUUUUCCGAUUCUUGGUGCUUCACGGGAAGGUCAGUGUUAGAGUUAAGGAAGGGUUUGAUGAUAUUUCAAGGGCAAGAAUGAACAGUGAGAUGAAAGCAAUUAGGCCAAGUUUGAGUGCUAAGUCCGUAGAGAAAUUGAGUAAAUCCAGAAAAGGUGCCUUGAGUAAGCAAGUACUUUCCAGAUUAAGCAUGGGUAUUGUGGCGCUGGCCUCAUUCGAUGGUGAUACCCAAUUACACGAAUGCACGGGCACAUGCAUCGAAAGCUCAUGUCCUGAUGCCACGUGUUUCCUGACAUCGAUAAAUUUGAUUCCUUAUACUUGUCGGUUAGGGAAGAUCACUGAAAGUUUGACGAUUAAAGUACGCCUUCCCGAUGAUCAGAUUGUCACUGGGUGGAUAGAGAAUCCUGAGAUAUAUGUUGAUUUUUUUAUCGUCAAAAUCAAGAACGACGAUGUUAUUGAUCCCCCCCAUCUAUGUCAUCUAAGUCUUGAUCGUGCCACGCAGUUUGAGCCUUAUAGGAAGGUAGCAGCUGUAUGGCGCUAUUAUGAUUCAGGAGAAUUAAAGACCACAAGUGGAGUAGAUCUUGCCUCUGUAUGCGCUCUUACAGAUGAGGAGAUGUUAAGCACAUGCCGAAUCCAUGAGGUGGGGAUUGGAGGUCCCGUUGUUGAUUUUGAUGGCAACUUUGUCGGGAUGAACUGCUCUGGUACCAAACAAAGAAAGACCCCCUACGUACGAAGGCCUUCGAUUCGUGAAUUCAUGUGGUUUUGCGAGAUGGUCAGUGUUAAGGAAGAGGUUGAUGAAGCUGUAAGUGCAAGAUUUAAAAGUCGUUAUGGAGAUUCAGCUUUCCUCAGGGCAGGAGGCGGGCAAUACAUACAUCUUCUCGGUGAUACCUUCAAGAAUGAUAUCUUGAGGAAACCAUUGGGAGGUUUUGGAUUAGAAAUGGAUCAAAGUGCCUACUCACUUGCUUCAGAAUCAAGCAAACUUCUUGCUUCAAAAAUGAAUCGAAGUGUUGUCUCACUUGCUUCAUUCAAUGGAUUUGCAAAAAAGUUUUCUUGCUCAGGUGUAUUUAUAAAGGGCGAAGCAUGCUCUGCAACAAUUCUGACUUCAGCAAGUUUGUUCAGAGUUCCUGGCAGUUCACACAGGAUCGAUGAUAACUUGAGGAUUGAAGUUUGCCUUCCAAACCAAUUUCGAGUUGUAGGGAUAUUGAACUGUUAUAAUUUACACUACAAUGUCGCUCUUGUUGACAUCAUGGGAUUCUGGCGUCCUCGUACAAUAAAAAUCCAUGGGCAUCCAGUUACCUCAUCUAUGGACGUAAUAGCUGUGGGUAGUCUUUUUGCGUGUCGCAAACUAAUGGCUGUUGAGGGGAAGGUGUUGAUUGGCAAACAAAGCAAACUUGAUUGCAAAGAACUAUGUGUCUCCACCUGUAAAAUCACCAAGGCUGGGAUUGGGGGGCCUCUUAUUGACAAUGAUGGGAAUUUUGUUGGAAUGAACUUUUAUGAUGAGGAAGAAACUCCAUUCCUGCCGAGGGACGUUAUUCACCGCCUCUUAUUGAACUUAAAUAAAAAACGUGCAGAUGGUACUAUUGUUGAGGGUGUUGAAAAUAGAUGGUUGUUGCCUGGCGGGACACACGGGAACACUGAAACUGUUGCACCGAUUGAUGGAAACAAAUGGCCGUUGCCUGCGCCACGCUACGUUGGUCGUAGAGCCAACCCUUUGCCACGUCACAAAUGGCCUCUGCCUCGUGGCCGAAAGCCUCUACCUAUGUGAGGUCACCUUGGUUGUAGAGCCGACGAUCGCUGCUAGUAUUGAUGAUGUUUUCUCGUCCGUUGGUGCUGGGACCUCCAUUCUGAGCUGCUCGAGUACUAGUAGUACUAAUAUUGCUUUCUCCAGGACA